AUGGAUACCAGUGGUAGUGGUUCAAGUUGCAGCGAGUUUGACCUCACCACCAGCAGCUCACACGAAUCAUCUGUAAACUACGACCGUGAGCUGGAUGCUAUUCUGGAAAGGUACGAAGAAGCGGCCAAGAACGAGGACCAUUAUCUGCUAACAGCAGAAAUAUUAAAUGAGCGACAUGAGAACAGUAACGUGCAUCGAAAAUAUGUUCAAGAACUUGUAGCUAAAUUUCGGGAAACUGAGUCAGUCGCCAAUAAAAAACGCAAAAUUGAAAAUCCCAUAAGGAACGAAGCAAUAGAAGUGGGGGUUUUAGGGCAAGUUUAUGUAGAUCCUACGUUAAGUACCCGCAAAUUGGUGACUGUGUGUGGUGUUAGUCGACGUACUGUCCAACGGAUUCUAAAGGCCCAUUACGCCAUAGAUCCCGCAUUAACAGCCAUAAUUGAAAAUCAGAAUGAUCGGCGGUACAUUGCGAAUAGGUUGAUGUUCCAACAGGAUGGUGGCCCACCACAUUACGCAUUACGUGUUCGACAAUAUGUAGAUCAAAAAAGUGGUGCCAUUGAAUGGCCCCCAAGAUCGCCAGAUUUAUCACCUUUGGAUUUUUUUAUGUGGGGUCAUUUAAAAAGCAAAAUCUAUGCUACUCAGCCAACAUCAUUAGAAGACCUGCGACAAAGAAUUGUGAAUGAGUUCUUUCAAAUUACUCCUCAAAUAUUGCAAAAUAGCAUGGUGAGGAAAAGCGAUUGA